AUGGUUUGUCGCCCCGAAGAUCGGGGCUUAGCGCGAGUGACGAGGAAAGUAGAUGCACGUACAGCGGUAGCGACUUUGGGUGAAGCAUCGAGGCAGAAGAAUCUGCAGCUGCCAACGGCGUGCACAGCGAUCGCACAGACCGCCGUGACAUCGGAGAUCCAUCACGCGAAAGACUCGAAGCUGAACAUACGUGUGUUCACUGGCAAAGAGUUGCACAAGGGCCUGGGUGCGAAAUUCAAGCUAUGGGGCCGUGUGUUACAAGAAGAUCUCGAGAUGGCGCAAGAGGCGUGCAUUCACGCUUGGCCCGAGACGUACAAGAUCUCUAGACUCGUCUCGUACUUGCGUGCCGAAGCGGAAGAGUUCUUUUACGGCUUGAGAGAUGAGUGGUGUUCGAUGGAGAAGACGCUCGCCUACGCGAUGAAAGAGAUAGAGAGCGCAUUUUCUCGGACUUUUUAUAGCGCGAAAGUGGCUGAUUUCUUCGGCCGGAGCAAGCCAGCGACCGAGUCGUAG